UACUGUUUGAUUGUAGUUGUCUGUUGUGUGUUUUGUAUUUAGAAGUCAUUGUUGUGAGUAGUUUUACUUUGGACAUAUUCUUUUGACAGUAACAUUGUCUUGAAAACGGAGUUAUCUAGCUGCAUUUGUUUACGUUCUGUUUCAUAUUUCAAAGCCAUUAAUAUCAGGUCAUUGAUGGUGGUUUGUCGAUGCGUACAUAAACACAAUCGGUCUUAUUGUACGGUCCAUUCAUUCAUAAACGCACGAGCAAACAUUUCUUUGUGAUUCAAAUUAGGAUUAUCGUGUUCAUUAAUUUUACAGCCGAACUAUGUCGGUGGAGGCGUACCUGCCGUCCUCUCCCAUCUCGACGGCCCUGUUUGCCCUCGUAGUGGGCCUCUUUUCCUUCUGGCUGCUCCGGCGGAUGCGCUAUAACUACCCGCCCCGCCCAGGCAUCGCGCUCCCCCUGCUGGGACAUGCUUACAAAAUAUCGUUUAAUGACCUUUGCUUGCAAGCUUUUGAAUGGUCGAAGAUUUACGGGCCAGUUUUGACCGUCCAUGUUGGUCCAAUGAAGAUGGUUGUGGUGAACAAGAUAGAUGAGGCGCUAGAGGUCCUCGUGAAAAAGUCCACAGACUUUGCAAACAGGCUUAUCACGCCCUCAGUCGAGAUGUUCACGGACGGGAAUCGGGACAUAGCUUUCAGCAAUUACUCGCCCACCUGGAAACUACACAGGACACUUUCCUCAAAGGCCCUUAGACACUACAUGCAGGGACCAGCCCUAGAGCACCGUGUUCACGCGGCCCUGGAGACGGCAUUGGCGGAGAUGGACGGGCACGCGGACACGCCCUUUGACCCUGUCGAGCACGUUAACUUCAUAGUUGGCAAUAUUCUCGCCGGCUUAUGUUUUGGAGGAAAAUACGGUUUCGAGGACAAGGAAGUAAACUACAUCCUAGAACAAGAGGACCGGCUUAUCAAAGAAUUUGCUUCGGGGACCCUGGAGGACUUCUUACCAUUCAUCAGGCACGUUUACAAAUCACAGGGAUUCCGAUUACUAGAGGACUUCCACCAGAACCUGAUAGUGGACUUCAUAGGGAAGAAAUACCAUGCAGAGAAGAAGACAUUUAAAAAAGACAAGCUGCGUCACUUUGUGGACCACCUUAUUCUUGCUCGUACGGAGGUCGAGGAAUCGGAAGGAGAUGCCCUUGUCGCCCUGACAGACUUACACAUUAUCCAGACUAUUGCGGACAUAUUCUUUGCUGGUGUGGACACGUCCCGACUGACACUGCGGUUCGCAUUGCUGCAUAUGGCCGCCUACCCAGACAUACAAGCGAAAACCCAGGAGGAAAUAGACAGAGUCGUAGGCCGUGACCGUCUCCCCGGGCUAGACGACCGACCGGAUCUAGCGUACACGGAGGCUGUUCUGCAUGAGAGUAUGCGCAUCUCAACCGUGGCCCCCAGCGGCGUCUGGCACGAGACACUUUGUGACACAUCCAUAGGAAGUUACAAAAUCCCUCAAGGCACGCCGGUGAUGAUUAACCACUGGGCCUUGCACAACGACCCGGAUGCCUGGGACGAGGUUGAGAAGUUUAAACCCGAGCGCUACCUCGACGAGCAAGGGAAGCUCGGACCAAAACCCAAGAGCUGGCUCCCCUUUGGAGCAGGCAAACGAGUGUGCCUGGGCGAGUUCGUUGCGAAACCAGAGUUGCACCUGAUCUUCGCUAGCCUACUACAGCGUUAUCGGUGGUCACCACAGCCAGGGCACCCUGUUGACAUCUCUCCCGAGAGAAGCCUGUUCUCAAAUUUUCCCAAGGCGCAGGAACUCCGCAUGGAAAGGCGGAUAUAGAUUCAUAUUUAUAGGGUGUAGCAUAUAAUGUAAUUUGGUUAUUUGAAUAAUCGGACAUUGACUACGUGUAGAAUCGAAAACGUAAUUGUAUACAAUCUACGUGGGGGGAGUAAAUAUAGUCGCAGUAUUUUAAUCAAUACAAGUUGGAAUACAGAUUGGAAUACAGAUUGAAAUCGUAAGUCCAACAUAUCCCAAACCAGCUUCAUAAAUAAAAUACAAUAGAUAAUUAAGUUUCAUUCAAAGAUUCUAGAAAAAAGUAUAACAUUGGCUUCCGGGAAUUCCAGGCCCCAGUAUCACAAUGUACUUAAGUCAAAUCUCAAUCUUAGACUCAGCUCAUUUUACCACAUAAUUUAUAACCUUAUUUAAAAUUGAAUAAGAUUUUACACCUAAUAAAGCGCAUUCCCCCAUACGAUAUGUUGAUUUUAAACUGUGGUCAUGAAUACAAUGAAAAGAAAUCUUAAGCAUAAAAUGUAUUUGAGAACAGCUGUAUGUUUUAACAAUUACUCCAAUAUAUGAGCUGCCCUAGAAUAAGUUCUCUUCGAAAUAUCAAUACGAGGUUUCUAUAAAAAAACAUUCUAGGAGAAAAUAUGUCUUUAAAACUGUAAAAACAUAUAAUAGUUUGAAUCAUACUAUGCUUUUAUGUGGUAAAAUGAGUUGAGAAUGAUAUUGAGAUUUGACGUAAGUAGUUUUGUGAUAGUGUGGUCUGUUGUAGAUUAUGACGUUCCAAAGACGGUAUUACUCUUUUUAGUCAUUUUGAAAUCGAUAGGUAUUGUCUUUUCUUUCAGAUGAACAUUGUCCAUUACUUUUUAACAUGAAAUCAUUUCUUGUUAAAACAAACGAACAUCAAAUUGAAAAAAAAAGUUUGGCAGGCUUAGAAAGCAAAUGUUUUCAGUACUUAUUUAGAUAAUUUAAACCUUGAGCACGUAUAAUGUUUGUAUUACCAUAAUUAGCUUUUUUCGAACGUUUUAUAAGGACAGUUAAAGCUAUUACAAAAAAUAAACAUUUAGUGAUUACAACAUAACAUAAUUGGUUGUCCGGUUAGCUAGCGCAGUGGUUAGCGCACAAAGGCGACCCGGGUUCGAUUCCCGGCCUGGGAGCAUGUGAGUUUGGUUAGUGGUCACCAAGCCGGACAAGUGGGUUUUCUCUGGGUACUCCGGUUUCCGCCACACCACAACGCGCAACAUCGUGCCAACGAGAGUGAUUAAUAUAAGUUGUAAUAGCUUGUUUCACAACCGUUGUAAUAUUAAAUAAAGUUGUAACUAACAUAACAUAACAUAAUUCGAGUAAGAUUAUCAGACGCGAACUGGCGCUGCUCCGUCUGUAUCGCAAUUGACGCAUUUAUCAGAAGUGAUGCUCCCAUCGGCGUCGAGACACGAACUGACAAUUCCUAUGCCUCUCGUUUUUUUUGGUUAUAUUAACUCACAUCACGUGACCAGAAAGGAAUGUUCCAUUUUAAUAACUCUCUUGGAUGAACCUCUCAUAUAUAAAUUACAUUAUAGAGUAAGGUUGUCAGAUUAGGUUAUCCCUAGAAAAUAAGUGAACCGUUACAAUAUAACUUCUUCCAUAUCAAUUUAUCAUGCACCAUUUAAGUAAAGAUAUGAAAUACUAAAUCCCAAACAUAAACAUUAAAUACACAAAGAAAAACCUACCAAAGAAACAACGGUAACGGUGGAAGCCACAAAUUGUGAAAUACUUUACAACUUUAUAAGACAGAAGAAGGUUAUUUUCCGGACUACUGCUAUCACUUUAUAGAGAUAGUUCCCAGCGAUGAGGAACCAAUUUGCUGAUCUGACCUUGUGAGACCAAUAUAGAAUAACUGGGGGAAACCUUUUGUAGAAUGCGCUUAAAUCAUCAAAAGAAAAGUGUUAAAUUUAUUUUUGAAUAACUCGAAUGAUGUAAUCACAUUUAUUUCGUGUGAUAUUUAGUUAAUAUGCAGAGAAAAACUGUUUAUUUUCACAUGGUUUAUUUUAAUUUAAAAUUGGUAACAUCACAGUGUAGUUUCAUGUUUGUUGUCAUAUCAAAACCCAUGCACGUGUCACAAUGAGCAUUUAAAAAUAUCAAAAUGAUACUAUAUGACGUGUUGUAUGAAGUGUAAGUCAAUUACCAUAAUAACCAAACUAAAUUUAACGAACCUGUGCUGCUCAACCACUGAAAUGUAUUUAAGUUAGUUUUACUUUUUGACGUUGAAUUUUUUAGAUUUUAUAAAUGCAAGUAUUUUAAAAGUGGAAAAAGUUAUCUGGAGUUUGUUUUUUUAAUCCUCGAUUCUCGUGCAACAAUUUUGAAAUUAAAUGUUAACCAACUAAUUAAAAUGAAGAAUGCCCAAAUGCCUCGAAUACAGUGGUACAUAUAUUUUAGCAGUCCCAAAAUAGGUUAUAAAAAAUUGUAGUCAUGGUUCCAUUACCCAGACAUUGUCAGUUCAUUUUUAGCAAUACUACUCCACAGUUGAAAAAAAAUUCCAGAAGUUGUAUAUUGCAUUUAAUGUUAAGGUAAUAGUUAAAAAAUUAAAAUUUGCUGUCGGAAAAUAUCUCGUGUACCUUUUGUUUCUUCUUAUUAUCUAACCCACUAAAUAAGUCGAUGAUCUUGUAAUUUGCUGUAAAAGAGUGCUUAGAUUAUGUUUUUACAUUUAUUUUUGCAGUUGUAAAUUAUCCGAUUUGCUUAUGUUUCUAGUUAUUAUAU